GAAAACUUUGAAGCAUUUUAGGUAUUUUUGUUUACGUUUUUCAUUGCCUCUGAGCAUCAAGUGAAAUUUCUUGUGAUCGGUUGUUUAAUUCAUUCAGCGCAAUGUCCGACGAGUAUCAGCACGUUAGUAAGAGUAAACUGAAGCUUAAGUGCGACUCGGAGAUUAAAAAGAAGAAGAAGAAAAAGAGCAAGGACAAGGAAAAGCUGCGGGAAACGUUGGAGAAAACGAUAAAGGAAAGUGGCGGUGGCAGCAGCAACAGCAGCAGCAGUGGUGGCCAGAGUCAGCCGCAGGCAACGGGGCGUGUGCUGACAAAGGCCGAGGAAGCAUUCAAAAAUAUGCAGGAAAAAAUGCAAAAGAAACGCAUUAUGGAAAAAGCCUCGAUGACUCAUAAGCAGCGGGUAGAACAGUUCAACCAGCACCUGGACAGCCUGACGGAACAUUUCGACAUACCCAAAGUAUCCUGGACCAAAUAAAGAGACAAUCGGUUCAUAUUACACUGUAUUAUUCUAUCAUUUGUCAUCCUUCACGAUACUUCACCUGUAUCAAAUUAUUAGAUUAAGUAUAGUAUUAUGAAGAGAUAAACAUAUUAUAAGAUCUUUAAUUUAGAAAAACUCGUUUUUGUAUGCAUCGGAAACGGGUGUUCUAAUUAGCACUUUUUUAAACCUUUCCUAUUUUUUCUGAUUUUAAUAAAAAACGGUCAAAUAUGACAUUUUUACCCACACAGCAUAUACUUGAUGAAACUUUUAAACUUUAUUGAACAGCAAAAUACGAAAAUCACUCCCCUCCCCUAUGCUGUUUUAGGUUUUUUUUUGUGCAGCUGACGUUA